AUGCAGCUCGCCUGCACUUCUGCUGCUGCACCCCACAAACCACCAGCAGCAGCAGCAGCAGCAGCCCCGUGCAGCAGCAGCAGCAGCAGCAACCCCGUGCAGCAGCAGCAGCAGCAACCCCGUGCAGCAGCAGCAGCAGCAGCAACCUCUUGCAGCAGCAGCAACAGCAGCAACCCCGUGCAGCAGCAGCAGCAGCAGCAACUCCGUGCAGCAGCAGCAGCAGCAACCCCGUGCAGCAGCAGCAGCAGCAGCAACCCCGUGCAGCAGCAGCAGCGCAGCAGCAACGGCGGCAAUGGAAGGACGCCAGCAGCAGCAGCAGCAGCAGCAGGAGCAGCAGCAACAGCAGCAACAGAAGCAGCAAUCGAAGGGCCGCAGCAGCAGCAAGAGCAACGCAAAGAUGAUGUGGCCAACAGCUUCGAAGAACAGCAGCUGCUGCUUGUCAUCCAAAACCUCCGUUUGCUGC